CUUGUUGUGUGGGGGCCAUAUUGGAAUGGGGCAUAGAUGACAAUUUCUCUGAGCUGGAAGCUUAAAUUUGUGUUGCCUUUGUAAAUUUAUUUCGGUCGUUUUCAGUCGAAAGUAAAGUAACGCCGCGACAUCACACGGUUCGGCCCCGGUUCGUUUCUUUAUCGGCUGUUAAAGAGCGCUGUAUUCAACCUUUUGGCCGAGUGAGCUCGCCUGGCUGCUGACAGACUGACUGGUCAACAACAACAAGACGAAGCUGAAGUUGGCUUCUUGUUCAUAUUUCCCCGUCCCACCUUAAAUGAUGAGCAGCAACAUAAACAAGAGGGCACCAACAACAGCAACACAAAGAUUAAAGCAGGACUAUCUGCGCAUAAAGAAAGACCCGGUCCCAUACAUAUGUGCAGAACCUCUCCCCUCAAACAUUUUGGAGUGGCACUAUCUUGUCCGUGGUCCUGAGAAAACUCCUUACGAAGGGGGUUAUUAUCAUGGCAAGCUUAUAUUCCCCAGAGAAUUCCCUUUCAAACCACCAAGCAUAUACAUGAUAACGCCCAAUGGCAGAUUUAAAUGUAAUACAAGAUUAUGUCUCUCCAUCACUGAUUUUCACCCUGACACCUGGAACCCAGCAUGGUCAGUGUCCACCAUCCUGACUGGUCUCUUGAGCUUCAUGGUAGAAAAAGGCCCCACCCUCGGCAGCAUUGAGACCUCCGAUUUCACAAAAAGACAGCUUGCUUCGCAGAGUCUAGCCUUCAACAUUAAGGACAAAGUGUUCUGUGAGCUGUUUCCAGAUGUUGUUGAUGAGAUCAAGCAGAAGCAGCGCGUGCAGGAGGAGCUGAGCUCGCGUUCUCAGGCCCUUCCUCUCCCUGACGUGGUGCCGGAUGGAGACACCCCCCACCACGCACAGAACGGUCACCCAGGCCUGAAUGGGCACCUGCCCCCGGGGGCAGCCCAUCAGCCCCCUGACCUCCAGCAGGUCAACCGUAACCACGGACUCCUGGGAGGAGCACUCGCUAACCUGUUCGUCAUCGUCGGCUUCGCCGCUUUCGCCUACACAGUCAAAUAUGUGCUGCGGAGCAUUGCACAGGAAUGAACAAAGAAUCCCCACCUCCCCCCAAAUAAAGUAAAAAUCUGAAGAUGGAGCAAAGAUGGAGGGAAGGACAGAGGACUGGACCUGCUGUCACGACCAAAAUGAGGAGGUAGUUUCUUGUUUUGCCCAAAUCAAACCCAAACAAGUACACAUGGCUAUUGGAUCGAGUAAGUAGCCAAGCAAAUGAAAUCGAAAGCCAUGUGACCCCCUCCUGUACAUCUGUAAAGAGAGUCAAGCAGUCGCUGUAUGGAAGGUCCCCUCAAAGCCAAGUCCCAGUGUACUUGGAGGUAAAGAAAUGCAAGUACAAGACUUCUGUUUAUGUCCAACCCUCCAUUAUAAAUGGACAUGGUUGUGUUUUUUGAGUUCCAGGAAUACUUCAGUGUUGUUCAGCCUAAUCUCUGUGUGCCACAUCUGUAGCAUAAGGUCACUUACCAUGAACAAUAAACAGAAAAUCUGUUGACUCUAAAUAUACAUACAGUUGUAUGCAGAAGUUUGGGCACCUCUGGUCAAAUUAAAUCAACUUAGUUGAUUUUCUAAGUGAAGAAAAGUGAACACUUCCUCAACAGAGAACACACUUCUGCACAUUUUAAUGUACAGUCACUGUUUAUUUGCUGCGUUUACAUGCGCUCAAUAAACCGAUCAUAAUCUAAUUUCUGCAGUUAUCCAAUUAUUCAAAUGGUCAUGGAAACACCAUAUUCCAAUCUAGAAAUCCGAUUAAGAAAUUUGAUAAAAAGAGCUGGAUUUUAGCUCAGUAAUCAGAUUUCUCAGGAAAAAAAAAAGUUUUAGAUCACGUUUACAUCACGUCUUCUUCUGUGAGUUUAUUGGCUGGUUGUAAAGCAGAAAUCCGAUUAAUGUUUCUCUCUGACUCAUGUAGAGAGUUUUCACAUGAUCUGAUUACUCCAGUGCAUAUAAACUCGUUGAUCGGAUUACUGACAAUAUCUGAUUUUUUGCAGUUAUCAGAUUAUUAAGUGCAUGUUAACACACUCAUUGUGGUUUUAUAGUAUGUCUUUUUUAAUAUGUUAAACUCAGCAAGAAAAUAGAAAUUGUACACUAAAAUUAGCAGAACAGUGGCGUAUUAAAGAUACUUAUUUUCACCAACAAAACAUGUAAUUUCACCAGGGCUGAACUAAUUUCUGCAUUGGACUGUAUAUUAGAACCCCAAAGGAUGAUGUCCUGCCCAUCAGCUGCAUUUCAAGCGAACAGGUUUUCUGUUCUUUUUGCAAAGCACAGGGAAACCCAUCAAAAUGACUGUCUGUGGUUACCGACCAUUUGAUGCGGACGCAGCAGAUCGAGAUUAGGUAAAGAACACUGGCGUAUUCCAACCUGUGGCCAUGAUAUGGAUCCAAACAGGCGGUUGAACACCACCCCUUGUUCGGCGCAUCAUCUGUUGGUGAAAUUUCAGUAAGAUGUCACAAGACGAUUGAAAAAUUCUGAGUGAAGGAAAAAGUGAGAUUAAUAGGUGUGGAGAUCAUUCCCAAAGUUUAGCUCCAAAAUGCUUUCAUCGUUCUUCAUCGUCGUGAUCAGUACAACUGCAAUAUUUUACAGUUUAUCUUAAUGAGAGUGGAUAGAUUAUAAACAUGCUCUACCUUUCUGAAGGUUUUAUAGAUGCUUCUGCUCCCUGCUCAUGAUGGCUUAAGCAGGCUGCAGCUGAUAUGAAAUAUGACCUUGUCAAUAAUAAAUCUGAUGCACAUAAUGGUCCCCAACGUAGGAUUCAAAGCGUCACCAAACUAGUAUCAGAUUUGCCCGUUAGGAAGAGAAGUUCAAAUAUAACUGUUCUGUCUGUCCUUAUGGCUGCAUAGAUGUGAUCCACAAAUUGGAACAUAGACCGUCACUCAUUUCUGGUACUAGAGCAACCAGUCAGGCUCUGCUUUAUUCCAAAAUGUAAUUCUUGGUAGCUGGAUUUGAGAUCUUUCAGGCAUCUCUCUUGUCAAUAUUUUCAUAUAUGGAUUCUAUUAGACCAUCCAACACUAUGAUUUAUUCUACUGUAUGUGUAUUUGUGGGAUGUUCACUACUACCUACGCUUUUACAGCACAGCACACAUCAACAGACACAAAACUUUUUUUUGUUUGUUUUGUUUUGUUUUUUUUUUGGCUUUUCAAGGGUUGUGACUUGUGCAAUAUUCUUCAACAGAUUUAAAUAAAUGUUCAUUUGAUUCUCUUCCUAGACAUAAACUCUUUAUUAUUCAUUUAAUUUCGGGAAAUCACUUCUGUAGUUCCUGGAUUAUCAUGAAAGUUUCAUUUUCUGGACCUGAAAGCACUGAGCAGCUUUUCACCCUGACCACGAUGACCUUAAAGGAAUACCACCAGCAUUUUUCAGCCUAAUCUGUAUUUGCAUGCUCUAUAGCAUACAGAUGAUUUCCACAUACAGUAAUUUUGACAUUAGGCCAGUCAGAAUUCUUGCCUAAUCACCUGAACGCAAUUAUUUGAGUUAUUAUUUGCAGGUGUUUUCCGAAGUAGUUCGCUUUCACAAUCAACUGUUUAUGUUGCAAUAAACUGAAUGUGAAUUGGGUGUGAUUUUCUCAGUUGGGUUGAGGCAAAUACAUGUAAAUAACAGCAGAAAAAGCAUUUAUUGAGAUACAUUAUGAGUAUAAUGAAAAUGAAAGUUGACAACACAUCUGUCUAGUGCUAUACCACGUUUAGAGGGCAGCAGCGAGUAAUGUUUGCUUAUUUGAUGCUUGUUAAUAACUCCAUUAGAGGACAGCAGCAAGUAAUGUUUGUUUGUUUGAGCUUGAACUGUUGGGAGGUGUUAUAAAUAUUGACUGGUAGGAAGCAAGAUAGCUAAUCAACCAAUUUGACCACUUCGGACUUGUUUAAUAUUUGUGUAUAUAAGUUUCACAAUCGUGACAGACCUAUUGGACACUGUUCCCUGUUCUUGGUAAAAGAGCUUGACCCAAAACACUUAUAAGGCAGCACAUGCUGAAGUACCAGCCCAUUGGCUUAUAAGAGCGUUUAGAUCAGUUUCUAUUCUCUUGUAAGUACAGGGAAUUUUUUUCUCUGUGAUAAUCAACUGUUUGCUGCAGAUCAGGCUGAAAAGUAUUCCUUUAAGUUAGCUUGAAUAAACAUGUGACAGAAAAGACAUGACAAAUUAGCCUAGUGCAUUAGCUAGUCCAGAUCAGGGGCUAGUUUCCCUGCCAAGGAUUAAGCAUGGUCAUGGACCAUAUUUUCCUUUUAACAGAACAGCUCCAUUCAGAAUUCUGUGUAGUCCAGGACUGUGCUUAAUCCCUACCCGGGAAACCUGCCCCACAGGUCCAAAAGUAUUCCGGUGCGUCAUUCAUUGGCUAACACAUUCAUAUCUGCCCAUACAAGCUCGAAGGAAAUUGCUAAUGACUUGGUACAGGUGUGUUCAGGCCACUUGACGCAUUUUCACCAAACGUUUUUUUUUCCAGGCCUGUAUUUGGGUCUUUUGCGACUCCAUGAACACUAUGGAAUAAUAAUGAUUCCCAAGGAGGGAUGUGUAAUCGAAAAAGAAUCAUGUUUUGUUUACAGUUGGAAUAAAUACCAUUCUGAUAAAUAACACA